UAAAGAAAGCGGACAUUUUUAGCUACUGAUGAGAAAGGCAUCGUGUAAUUAUUUUGCCGAAAUUCUAACAUAAGUUCGCCGAACUAAGGAAUAUGAAGAGGAGAAAUGCCGAAUGUGGUAAGCUAAGACGCCCUCUGAAACGAAACAAGAUCGCAGAAGGCAUCUACGGCAGUACUUUCUUGUACCUGAAGUUCUUGGGAAUAUGGGCGUUUGUCCUUUUACUAGACUUCAUUUUGGAGUUCCGCUUUGAGUAUCUGUGGCCUUUGUGGCUGCUGUUACGGAGCAUCUAUAAUUAUUACAGGAACCAGGGACUGGCGUUUUCUGUGGUCUUUAUAUUCAUUGCCUUCACAUCAGACAUGAUCUGUUUACUCUUCAUACCAGUGCAUUGGCUCUUCUUUGCUGCUAGUACAUAUGUAUGGCAGCAUUUUGUGGGACAUACUGAUCGAGGCAUCUGUCUGCCCACAGUAUCAUUAUGGCUGUUGUUUGUUUACAUCGAGGCGUCGGUUCGAUUGCGAGAAUUCAGAUCAGCCAUACCUUUUCAUCUGGAUCUCUGUAGACCAUUUGCAGCACAUUGCAUUGGUUAUCCAGUAGUUACACUCGGUAUUAGUUUUAAAAGUUACAUCAGCGAUCGUAUGAGACUUCGGAAGCAGAAAGAGGUCCAGAAAGAAAACGAUUUCUACAUCCAGCUGUUACAACAAGCCUUGCCACCAGAACAACAACAGCACCAUCAGCUUCAGAAUGCUGUCUUAAUAGCAGAGAAGCAAAAAGGAGCCAUAUCAAAUAAACUAGAAGAGCCUACGUCCAACGGUGUUACCUCAAGAAAAGGGUCGCCAGUUAUCCAAGGGACUAAGGGUUCUUCAGACAAUGACAAAAGCAGCAAGGAGACGUCUCGUAAGCAAGCUUCUAGUAACAAUGCCACUGUCACCUCUAAAUCUGGAGACCCAGACUUGAUUGAGACUAGACUGCCACAGCGCAGUGUGAACGAUUACGACGGGUCAAAGGAAAACUUGGCAAAUGAACAGAUGCAGGCUAAAAACUUAAAACAUAAUACGGUGGGGUCAGGACAACGUCAGAAGAAUCCACCAGGGAAGGAUAAUAGUGGAUCAUCUCUCUCUCAUAGUGGAAGUAAGAAGCCAAAACCAUUAGCCUCAAAGCUGGAAAACAAAGACAAGGAAAAAGAUACUAAUCUUAAUGCUGAUAUAGCUAAUGGUACGGUGCCUUCUGCUCCUGUCAAAGAUGAUAAGGUUUUGAGGUUGGAGUCUGAUAUAAAGAGACUGAAAGCUGACCUACAAGCGAGUCGUCAGACACACGCUGAUCUGAAGUCACAGGUCAACACUCUACUGUCUGAUGAGCAACAUAGUCAAGCUGAGUUAGAUCAGAUGAAAAGAGAUUAUGAGACUUUGCAGACAAAGUUGCAUAAUCUUGUUACUCAGAAACAGCAAGAUAAGCAGAACAUCGCUCGUUUUGAACAGCAGCUGAAGACUGAGCGUGAUUCUCGUACGUCUCUGGAAGGUCUGAUGCGAGAGGAACGUAAAACCCGUAAAUCUAAAGAGGCAGCAGCAGCGAGGGCAGCAGCAAUGGUAACACCAGGAAGAUAUGGAGAAUGUGGUGAGACUUGUAGGAUGAGGAUGUUAGAUCAAGAAUCUGAGAUCCAACGUCUACGACAAGAAUCUAGAGAUAAAGAUGAUCACCUCAGAGAAUUGGAGAAAAAAACAGAGUUAAUGCAUGAGCGUCAAGACACGCAGAAUAAAACGGAUAUCUUAAUGUCUGCGCUGAUGGCAAUGCAAGAUAGAACAGCUAAGCUAGAGACUAGCCUGAGUGCUGAGACUCGUUUGAAGCUAGACCUCUUCUCUGCUUUGGGUGAUGCUCGUAGACAGAUGGAGAUCAUGCAGACUGCACUGAUGAAGAAAGAGCGUGAGAUUCAUGACCUGAAGACUAAAAUAGCUGAAGUGAUGGCCGUAAUGCCUCAUAGUAACUACUCAGGCUCCACGUCUCCAAUCUCUGGUACUCCUCGCUAUUCAGGUAACUUUGUUAGCUCUGAAGAGCCUCCAGUCAUUCUGCCAGUAAGUCCUCAUGCCCAUGGUGGUGGUGGUGGUGGUGAUGCUUCUAGAGGGGUUCAGGUCACACAGUCAGUGACUACAGGAGCGUCGGCUUCAUCUACCCCAGUCUCCAUUCCACAGGGUUCUUCAUCUUCACAGUCACCGUCUCCUUCAGUUAGUCCGGUGCCAAGUAUUGGUAAUGGCAAGUCAGUGUUGGAUCCCAACGCGGCUGUAUACAGACCAAAAAGUAACUAGACAGGGUAGAAAACCACACAGAGAGUACCUUACGCAGACCUGGGCCUAUAUUUAUAGAACUGCUAAAGCAAAAAGACUUUUGCUUACUGGAAAACAGUUGCCAACCAAAACACCAUGUCACAUUAACAUUUUGUGACUUUUGUUCUCCUGAGCAGAAAGGCUUUCUUCUUGAGCAGUCCUGUAAACUUGGUUACCUGACCAUUUUCAGAAUGACAUAACAUUGUCCAGUAAGUUGACCAACCAUUUGAAACCAUUCAACUGUAGGGAUUGUGUUUGGUAGAUACAUUUACUACAUGAUAGCAUAUUACAGUCUAACGUAGUGCAUCUUUCAUUCAAACCCUCAAUGAAUGGUAUUGAAUGGUCAGACAGUAGGAGUGUUGAAUCUCGUGCCACAUCACGGUUAAUUUCCUAAAGGAAAUCAUCUCAACUUUAUUCAUCAUGCAAACCUUUCGUAUCAACAACAUCUUCAAGGCAAAAGUUCAUCAGAAUGUGAUUCCAAAUGAGAUUACUUAUCCAUUUGAAACCAAACAAAAUGUCUGAUCUUAUGUGAGGUUGAAAUUAUGGACAAUUUAAUUUAGAUUCAUUUAAGAACAGCAUGAAAUAUGUUUCUUGAAGAACCCAAUCAAAGGAAGGGAAUUAAAAAGGACAUAGAUUGACGUCAUCCAAACUAAAUAAUAAUAAUCAAUGGGAUAACAUAAACCUUGUGUAACUGAAAGUCAUAGUCUCAUAGGAAGAAACUCAACCAACUUCAUCAAGAUUGUUCUGUAAUGGUCUAGACCGCAUUGGUGUUUUGCUUUAACACUAAUUAUUUCACAAAGCUCACGCCCAUCUUGAGUCUUUUUCUGUUUGAUUGUAACAGCUAACACACAACUUGUUUACUCGGUGGCAGUGUUGUGGCAAAGCGGUCUGGUGUACUGGACUCAAGGUUGUCAGAGCUUGGGUAUUGGUCUUGUUUACUCGGUGGCAGUGUUGUGGCAAAGCGGUCUGGUGUACUGGACUCAAGGUUGUCAGAGCUUGGGUAUUGGUCUUGUGUGUCUUUGAGUAUAAAGACACUUUACCAUAAUGGCAUCAUCCCUCUGAUUGGACAGAAAGCCCUAGGUCACAAGUUUUGUGUAGCGCAUACAAAAGAACUCAAUACGCUUAUUGUUAAGAGAAGGUGUUUUCUGGUUGAAAACGUGGCGCUAUAUACAUGUAUGUGGGUCUCAUAACUCAAACAGCUCUCCAUACUCGCCAUCAAAUCAAUAUGUAGUUUGAUCACCCUUCAGUUGUGAUCAAGCACCUGAUAUAAACAACAUCAAGUCAUCACAAAUAGGUUGAUGACAUCAAUUGCACAAGGUUAAUUCAAGUUAGCCACUGUAACGCUCCAUUAAAAACCAUUUGGAGAUAUUUUAGGUCAAUACCAUUCUGAAAUAUUUAAGGUCAAAACCAUUCUGAGACAUUUAGGGUCAGAGGUCAAAUGUCAUAGGUCGUAACCUCUCUGUGUAUACAUACCAGUCUAGUGAUGUAGUACUGUAUUAGAGUAAGCCGUAUGACUACUGUACAACCAUGUGUUAUGGUUGUCUAAUUUUACCAUAUGCUUUGUUUGUAUUGCAAAGAGAAGCAUGCAAGUAUUGCGUGCAGUUAUUGCUAUUUUUUGCCAUUACAUUGCUUGUUUUCAGAAACUUUGUCGUCUUACAUGUGCUUUUUAGAAGUGGAGUAGCAAGGUUUACAAAUGGAAAAAAGUGCAUCUUGGGACGCUUGAAAAAAAUACUUUCUCUCAACUUUUCUUAAGAACUGCAAAACUUAUCAGGAAUGUACUGUAGGUGGUUGCGGAAUCUCAUGAAUGUGUCUUUUGUGUUGUGUUUAAACAAGGUUUCUUACUCCAUUCAUAUGUGUCUUAUGGUUUCUUGGGAAACACGUUGAAUCAGUCGAUGAACAAAGCUGGUUUACAAAUUAUGUGACAUGGUUUUAAAAUCUUCUAUUUUUAAUGUAAUCCAAGUUUUUCUUUUUUUUCUUUUUCUGGUUUGACAAUGGGAACCUGAUGAAAACAAAAAGGUGAUGUUGGUUUGACUAGUUCCACAUAACUAAGUGAAAGAUGUUGCACUAAAGGCAUUUUCUGUCACUAUUACUUAAUUAAUAAAGCAAUUUGUUUAUUAAGUUCCAACCUGAUGGUCAUUGGUCUUACUAAACCCUGGUUUAUACUUGACAAAUGUAAAAUGCCAUGAUUGAUUCCUCAAAAGUUCACAAUGUAAGUCUUAUACUUGUUCAAUUGUUUGAAUUAUUUUAGCAAAUGGGAACAUGAAACCAUUUUAUUUAAGGACUGGGUGCUGUAAUAACUUCUAUUUGAAUCAUUUCUAUUGAGUGUAUUUUAUUCUGUGUGUCAUUGAGUCAUGUCUCAAAUGAAUAUGAUACAGAAGCUCAUGACAGGUCUUCCGAUAAAGAUGUCCAAAUAAUGGCCAUGUACAAAUAAUCUCUUGUUUCUCAUGCUUAGUUUAAUCUUUGAAUCUGUCAAUACUUGACUUUAUCAAAGUCUCAAACUUUCCUUUAAAAGGUAGAUAUUUUAUGAUUGGUCGGCAUCUGAUCUUGUACCCAGGGUGCUGUGGUGGUUAUGAUUCUUGGUACACAAGAAUUGUUUUUCCUUUGCCAGCCUGGGGCUUUCUCUAAACCCCGGCUAAAGCUCCUUAGUUCAUUUACAACAGGAAAGCUAUAAGCCAAGCACUUGAGUGCAUUAUGUCGCAAAGUUUGCAAAUUGUAGUAAGUACAAGAAUUUGAGAGAGAUGAACUCACCUUUGCAAUCACCUUUUGCGUGAAACUACCAUCUCCCGCAGCACCACACAAUAGUCAACACUGCACCAUGAUUUCAAUUAGUCACCAGAAACAAGAGAUUUAUUUAUCGGCCAAAAUAUGAAACUGUCAGCCGGGUUAUGGUUUCCACUUUUCUAAACCCCAACACUUAAUACCCAUGCACAUCCUAGGAUCUCACUUUUCUAAACCCCAACACUUAAUACCCAUGCACAUCCUAGGAUCUCACUUUUCUAAACCCCAACACUUAAUACCCAUGCACAUCCUAGGAUCUCACUUUUCUAAACCCCAACACUUAAUACCCAUGCACAUCCUAGGAUCUCACUUUUCUAAACCCCAACACUUAAUACCCAUGCACAUCCUAGGAUCUCACUUUUCUAAACCCCAACACUUAAUACCCAUGCACAUCCUAGGAUCUCACUUUUCUAAACCCCAACACUUAAUACCCAUGCACAUCCUAGGAUCUCACUUUUCUAAACCCCAACACUUAAUACCCAUGCACAUCCUAGGAUCUCACUUUUCUAAACCCCAACACUUAAUACCCAUGCACAUCCUAGGAUCUCACUUUUCUAAACCCCAACACUUAAUACCCAUGCACAUCCUAGGAUCUCACUUUUCUAAACCCCAACACUUAAUACCCAUGCACAUCCUAGGAUCUCACUUUUCUAAACCCCAACACUUAAUACCCAUGCACAUCCUAGGAUCUCACUUUUCUAAACCCCAACACUUAAUACCCAUGCACAUCCUAGGAUCUCACUUUUCUAAACCCCAACACUUAAUACCCAUGCACAUCCUAGGAUCUCAUUUUGGUCCUGUAUUUAGAUUUGUUUUGAUUUAUAAUACAGCCUAUAAUUUUAAUUUGGUAAAUUUGUUAACCCUGCAAGAUUGUUGAUAGAUAGACCAGUUUUGUUUUCCCCUUUUCAGAAACCCAAAUACGGAAUGUCUUUGUGAGAAAAAGAGUAAUGUUGGGCUUAAACAUAUCCUUUAGAAUUAUCAAGUGCUUAAAGGUCCUGGAGCCUUCCAAUUUUCUUUGAAAAAAAAUUGAAGCAGUCACUUAAGGGUAAAAAGUUGUGUGUUUCUGGUUAACCUCUUGAGUUGUAUCAUCUUUGAGGUUUGGGGUCUAUAAUAAGACCUUGGUCAAGACCUGCAAGCUAUACUUAUUGAAUAUUCACUUUUUAUUGUUGGUGAUUUCAUCAACACAAAGAAAGAACGUUUUGGACUUGGCUGUUAAGGUUUGUAGUCAAUAUAUCAUAAAUGAAAGUGUUGACCAUAAGAUAAUAUCUCAUUGUUUUAUCUCUGAAUUGCCUUCAUUGAUGUCAAAUGAAGUAGAAGCAAUAACAAUUAGAAUGUCUUUAUGUUGUGGAAUAAUCCCAAGCAAAGCUUGGUUUCGGAGGAGUUUCUGUUUUAUAAUCAGUAAAAAAUUAAAAAAGGUACAUUUUCAUUCAAUAAUCUCUUCCAAAUAUGACAGAUAUUAUUUCAAGAGAUAAACAAAAUUGUAGUCUGAUUAACUCAACCAAAGCAGAGAAAAUAAUUGAUAUUGAUGAUUUAAUUUGUAUUUUUUUAACAGAAGGUAUGAAUGGUUAACCCCGAGUAUAUGUCAUAACAAACACUUUUGUUUCUGAAAAUUUAGUUCUUUAAUUAUAUUUAAUUUAUCUUGUUUGUUCAUUUUAAAACCCUUACAUCGACUGUAGUAAUAAAUGAUAAAUAAGGACAGGGCUCCAUUUUCUUAAGCAUUAAGAAGUUGCUUAGCACAAAUAAAUCAAGCUUAGCCGAAGCAGGGUACCAGUUACAAUGCUGUGUCCUUCACAUGAUUGCUACUGAUACCCUGCUAGUAUUUGGUUUAGCAAUUAUUUCUGCUUAGCGGCUUUGAGGAGAAGGGCCCAGGUGUAACUGAAGAUCACUGGUCUGUUCCUGCAGUAAAUUUUAAAUUUAUUUAAUUUACUGAACAUUUUUGGCUGCUUUCAAUAAUUGUUGCCACUGUGGCCUACCAACUAAGCUAUUUGUGAGUUUGAUUUUGAAUGUCUGAUACAAUGACUUGACUGGUCAAAAGUGAAUAAUCAAAUUGAGUUCUGAAGACUAAAGAUAGAAUCGCUUUGUCAUAGGGUUCAGGCAAGCUUUUACCAAGCUUGGUACUAUUAGGCAAUGCAUUCCUUCAGAAUUGUGUAUGAGUGUUUGGGUUCAGGCAAGCUUUUACCAAGCUUGGUACUAUUAGGCAAUGCAUUCCUUCAGAAUUGUGUAUGAGUGUUUGGUUUCAGGCAAGCUUUUACCAAGCUUGGUACUAUUAGGCAAUGCAUUCCUUCAGAAUUGUGUAUGAGUGUUAGGGUUCAGGCAAGCUUUUACCAAGCUUGGUACUAUUAGGCAAUGCAUUCCUUCAGAAUUGUGUAUGAGUGUUUGGGUUCAGGCAAGCUUUUACCAAGCUUGGUACUAUUAGGCAAUGCAUUCCUUCAGAAUUGUGUAUGAGUGUUUGGGUUCAGGCAAGCUUUUACCAAGCUUGGUACUAUUAGGCAAUGCAUUCCUUCAGAAUUGUGUAUGAGUGUUUGGGUUCAGGCAAGCUUUUACCAAGCUUGGUACUAUUAGGCAAUGCAUUCCUUCAGAAUUGUGUACGAGUGUUUGGGUUCAGGCAAGCUUUUACCAAGCUUGGUACUAUUAGGCAAUGCAUUCCUUCAGAAUUGUGUAUGAGUGUUUGGGUUCAGGCAAGCUUUUACCAAGCUUGGUACUAUUAGGCAAUGCAUUCCUUCAGAAUUGUGUAUGAGUGUUAGGGUUCAGGCAAGCUUUUACCAAGCUUGGUACUAUUAGGCAAUGCAUUCCUUCAGAAUUGUGUAUGAGUGUUUGGGUUCAGGCAAGCUUUUACCAAGCUUGGUACUAUUAGGCAAUGCAUUCCUUCAGAAUUGUGUAUGAGUGUUUGGGUUCAGGCAAGCUUUUACCAAGCUUGGUACUAUUAGGCAAUGCAUUCCUUCAGAAUUGUGUAUGAGUGUUUGCAAAAGCUUGCCCGAUACCAUCUCUAGUCCAUUGAAUUUAAAUGUAAGCAGUCACUUGUGUGACUAUAAGCAAGUCAUUGCAACAAACUGUAUUCAAAUCAAAUUCACAACUGGAUAAAUGAGAACUCGGUAUUUGUGGCCACUUAACAAAUGUGGUCACAUAUAGAUUUAGGACAAAAUAGCAGAGACCACAUUAUUUUGGAGUUACGGUACAAUGGUAGUGUGGUUGCUCUGUGUUAGGAACUUGUCAUCAGACUUACAUUUUUAUUGAAAAAAAAAACAAAAACAGAUUCCUAUUGGUUUGAGAGUGAGUAGAGAAACCUUGAUUAGUUUCCCUUCAUUUGUCAAAACAUCUGAAGAUGAGAACUUGUCAGCAAUCCUGUUGAAUUUAUUGACAAAAGUUAAUUUCUAACCUUGAAGGUGAUGAUUGAAAAGAGAUUGUUUGUUAACUGUUGACUAUCCUUGAAACCUUGUUUAUCUUCCUAAAGUGAUGCAGUCAGUUAAACAUGUUGGUAAUUUGCAUAAAAUAUCUGAAAGUAUUUCUACAGCAAAGCCAAGAAAGACUUGAUUUAUUUCGCUCUGUAUUUGGUUUUCCAUACAGUAUGAUUCAAAUGAGGAAAGCCAGAGCUGCAACCUAAGGCUAAGCUGUUCUUUUAUAUAAUAUGGCCUUUGACAUUGGUUUGUGAAAAACCAUGCACCUUUUUUCUGAAAAAUAGGUCACUUGGUUUACCCUAAAGUUCUUAUGCAAAUUAUCUAGACAUUUUUAACUUGGCUGUGUUUUGAUUGGACAAGAUAUGUGUUUUCUUUCUGUGAGUGCAGUCCAUUCCUAGUUUUGCCUUUUUGGAGUCUUUGUAUGUCGCUAAUUGAUGCACAUUUUGCGCUGGGCUAUGUCAGCUUAAUCUCUAUCCUUAUGCUUUAUAAGCUACAGAUUGUACAUGGAGUAUGUAUGGAUAGUAGGGCUGUAUUGCCAAUGGGUGGCAAAAACAUUAAAAACUGUGUGUUGCAAAAAAUUAA